AUGUCUCUAGCCGAUGAAUUAUUAGCUGACUUAGAGGAGAAUGAUGACGGAGAAUUAGAAGCUCUUAUAGAACAUAACAAUGCAAACAAUGGUUCACAUGAAUUUGCUGUGCCGUUUCCUGUAAUACCAAAAGAGGAAGAAAUUAAAAAUGUAUCUAUUCGUGAACUAGCUAAGCUAAGAGAUUCAGAUCGUCUAAAAAGGGUAAUUACUGAAAUUGAAAAAAAUGUUGGUAAUGACAGGAAGAAAAUAGAAGUAACUGGCUUAAUGGAAUCAGAUCCAGAGUAUCAGUUAAUUGUAGAAGCCAAUAACAUAGCAGUGGAAAUAGAUGGAGAAAUCGCUAUUAUUCACAGAUUUGUUCGGGAUAAAUACCAGAAGAGGUUCCCAGAACUGGAGUCUUUGAUUAUUACUCCAUUGGAAUACAUUAGAAGUGUGAAGGAAUUGGGCAAUGAUUUGGAUAGAGCUAAAAAUAAUGAGAUCCUCCAAAGCUUUCUGACACAAGCAACUAUUAUGAUUGUGUCUGUUACUGCAUCUACAACUCAGGGGAAGCUGUUGUCCGAAAAAGAACUAAGUGAAAUAUUUGAAGCAUGUGACAUGGCCGCUGAGCUGAAUAAUUUUAAAUCCAGGAUAUAUGAAUAUGUGGAGAGCAGAAUGACUUUUAUAGCCCCUAAUUUGACAGCAAUUGUUGGUGCAUCAACAGCAGCAAAAAUUCUUGGUGUGGCGGGUGGCUUAUCAAAACUAUCUAAAAUGCCUGCUUGUAAUUUAUUGACAUUAGGCCAGCAAAGAAAGACAUUGUCAGGAUUUUCUCAAGCCGCGUCUUUGCCUCACACUGGUUUUAUAUAUUUCUCGCAGAUUGUUCAAGACACACCACCAGAAUUACGGUAUAAAGCAGCAAAAUUAGUGUCAACGAAGUUAACACUAGCCGCUAGAGUCGACGCUUGCCACGAGAGCACGGACGGGGGCGUCGGCCGGCAGCUGCGCGAGGGCAUCGAAAAGAAAUUGGAUAAAUUGCAGGAACCUCCGCCAGUAAAGUUUGUGAAGCCGCUUCCGAAGCCAAUAGAACAAAGUCGCAAAAAGCGCGGCGGGAAACGCGUCCGCAAGAUGAAAGAGCGCUACGCCAUGACGGAGUUUAGAAAAAACGCAAACCGCUUGAACUUCGCUGACAUCGAAGAUGACGCUUACCAAGAAGACUUAGGUUAUACACGUGGUACUAUCGGCAAAUCGGGAACAGGGCGGGUUCGUCUACCUCAAAUAGACGAAAAGACCAAAGUUCGAAUCAGUAAGACCCUACAAAAGAACCUCCAGAAGCAGCAACAGUAUGGAGGAGCCACUAGUAUCAGACGACAGGUUUCUGGUACGGCGUCUUCAGUCGCCUUCACGCCUUUGCAGGGUCUAGAAAUCGUCAAUCCGCAAGCGGCUGAAACGCGAGUGAACGAAGCAAACGCGAAAUAUUUUUCGAAUACGUCUGGUUUCUUAUCAGUGGGCAAAACGACGACA